UAAAUGUGGCCUCACUCGAGGCAACCAUUUUCCCAGCUGUUACUGUAACUAUUCCAGUUUAUAUCGGUAAGAUGCCUGAACCCACCAAGUCAGCUCCUGCCCCAAAGAAAGGCUCGAAGAAGGCGGUGACCAAGGCGCAGAAGAAGGACGGCAAGAAGCGCAAGCGCAGCCGCAAGGAGAGCUACUCCGUGUACGUGUACAAGGUGCUGAAGCAGGUCCACCCGGACACCGGCAUCUCGUCCAAGGCCAUGGGCAUCAUGAAUUCAUUUGUCAACGACAUCUUCGAGCGCAUCGCGGGUGAGGCGUCGCGUCUGGCGCAUUACAACAAGCGCUCGACUAUCACAUCCAGGGAGAUCCAGACGGCCGUACGCCUACUGUUGCCUGGGGAGUUGGCCAAACACGCCGUGUCCGAGGGCACCAAGGCCGUCACCAAGUACACCAGCUCCAAGUAAACUUGCCAAGUCUUCAAGUUGGUCCUGGCGGUGACCCGGACUUUGGCGAUGAACCCUCACCCAGAAUACGAAAGAGCAUGCUCUUAUCAAGUUCAUUCUGCUCAGAGCUUUUCCAUUUUUCUUUUUUUUUUUUUUGCAUUUUUAAACCACAGAUACAUGUAUUUCGGGGGGUGGGGGAAUGCUGAAAACUGAAUUUUCACAAAAAUGUUACAAAA